AUGACAAGAACUAGUAGGUCGGCUCUUUUUCAGCUAUACUUGGAUGGGGAGAAGGAGGUGAAGGCUUUUCGCAAGAGAAAAGCUUGCUUAGCUCUCAGCGCGAUCAUGCGCCCCGCCUGCCAAGCCGAUACUAUACGACUUUCCCCACUGUACCAAAAGCGAGAGAAGGCCACGUGGUUGACCGUGCCGACCUCGUUACAGCAGCGGAGCUUGACAAGCAGCAUCGUCACAUUACCCCCCUCUAAGGCGGGCUCGUCCCCGAUGCGUUCCCUAGGCUCUUUGAAUAGCCCCCUUUACUGGCAUUCCUCCCUUGCGUUGUACGCUUGCAGCCAGGCUUCUAAUCGCGCUGGGGGACCUGGUUUGGUUGGAUAUGCCCUAUGGAAGUCUCUUACCUUGUGCGGCGCUCCUAUGAAUCCUCGGGCGUUGUACCAAUCGGAGGACACAGAGGCAGCACGGCUUCCUAAGAUUAUGGAAGAAUGCUCUGUCUAA